UCAAUUGCCAAGCGUUACUUAAUUUUCACAAUUUUAAUUUGAUCUCAUUUUCCGUCAUACACUGUACUGAAAGAAUGCCACGUUCAAGACGACCAAACAUUGGCAGACGUUCACGUCAAUCAAAUGCUACAGCGUUAAAUCGAAGAUCACAAAGUGAAGAAGAUCGUGUACGACGAAAUGAAAUGGAAACACAACGACACAGACGGAGAACUCACUUGGAUAAUAGUGAAGCACCAAGAAACCGUCGUGGGCGUACGUCCGUUUAUGAUAUACGUCAAAUGGAACACGCGGCUUUCAAUUACGAUGCCACCAUUGAUUACAGCAUGUAUGCCUACAUUGGCCAGAUGAAUGUAGAAUGUAUACAUUGCAAAGCAUUUAAAUUCAUAAACGAAACGCCUGGCAUGUGUUGUGCUGGUGGGAAAGUCAAAUUACCGGUGCUAAAACUUCCGCCAGGAACCUUUGCAUUCAUUGGUUUUUUGUAAUUCGCCAACGUCAAAG